UAUUCAUUAUUUGUAUACUAUAAUAUAUUAAUUUAAUAUAUAAAAUAUAAAAUGAAAAUAAUUUAAUACAUAUACAUAUAUAUAUAUAUAUAUAUAUAUAUAUCUUAACUAGCUAUACAUAUGCAAAUAGUUAUUCAUCUUUUUUCAUAUUAUAAAAUUACGUAUUAAAUUUAUAUAACCUAUAACUCUUUUUGAAUUUUACACUAAGUCAAAAAUGGAAACUAUUUUACAAAAAAAAAUAAUAGAAGCGACUCAUUGCGUUGAGAAACAAUUAGAUGCUGAGAUAGAAAAGUUAGAUAAUUUGGAUAUUAGCGAUUUUGAAAAAUUGCGUGAACAACGUUUUAAGAAAUUAAAAUUACUUCAACAACAAAAACAAAAUUGGCUAUCAUUGGGUCAUGGGGAAUAUUCAGAAUUAUAUGAUGAAAAAGAAUUUUUUGAAAUAUCAAAAAAAUCGGAAAACAUUGUCUGUUUAUUUUAUAAAGAUGAUUCACCAAGAUGCAAAAUAGUAGAUUAUCACUUUAAAAUUCUUGCAAAGAAACACAUAGAAGCAAAGUUUUGUAAGUUGAAUGUAAUGCAAUGUCCAUUUUUAACUGAACGCUUAAGGAUCAAAAUUAUUCCUACUAUUGCUCUUAUUGUUAAUGGUAAAACUAAAGAUUAUAUUGUGGGAUUUACUGAUUUAGGAAAUCGUGAUGAUUUUUCAACUGAAAUAUUAGAAUAUAGAAUUUCACUUUCUGGUGCAAUUACUUUUGAAGAGAACAUUUCUUCAGAAGAUAAUAAAAAAUCAUGGUUGUCUCAUAUUUCAAAACCUAAAACUAUUAAAGGACCUAAUGAUUCAAAUUCUGACGAUUCAGAUGAAAAUUAAAAAUUCACAACAAUUUAUAUAAUUUAAAUUCUUAAAAAUUUAUUCUUUAUUAUUUAUAAAUUUUUGUUUAUAUAAAAAUUGUUAAUGGAAUAAGAAUUUGCAGUGAUUAAAUAAAUAAAGAUAAUUUUAAUAUA